UCGCUGCUCUCUGCUCGCUGCUGGCUGGUCUGGCUGAUUAGUUUAGUUUGUGAUUUCAAUAUAUGUAAUUAAUUUUUGUUUCUGUAGCGGUUCGGACGGACGCGUCGCGACGUUCGCUUGGCUCGCUCGCUAGCUGCUUCACCGUCGCUGUUUUCCCCAAAUCGUAUUCUCGCAGUCGCACUCGCAGUCGCAGUCGCAGGCGUACUCGUACUUCUAUAUUCCUAUUUAUUAUUUUUAUUUUUUGCGUGUGCCAGUGGCAGUAGCCAUUACCAGUAACAGUAACACUGUAUAUGUGUAUAUAUGUGUGUGUAUGAGUGAACGGUCUCAGGCUCUUCCUCUUCCAGUGCUUGCCUUUUUCGUGGGUCACCGCCGCCGCCACCGCCGCCGCCGCCGCUAAAAUGCAAAGAACACGCUCGAGAAACGUAAAUGGCGCCGCGCUAACCAAUGGAAUUGGAAUAUCAAACAGUGCCCCCCAAGCCCCAUAAAUCGGCGACCAAAUCGGAAGCAAAACACGGCUAGACCUCCGGAGUCCGGAGAGAAAACCAAGCUGAAUCUGUUGUUUUUUUUUUUCGGUGUAUGUGUGUGUGAAUGCCAGUGGCCAGUGUGUUGUGCUUUUUGUGGAAGAAACAGACCACAGAGGAGUUCGGAGCAUACCACAAGAAAAGCAACAACGAGCGAACACUUGCUGUGGAAACUGAAUGGAAGUCCAGCAAGAGCAACAAGAACACAAAAAAGUGAAACAACAACAACAACAACAACAACAACAACAAAAAAGUGUAACCACAACAAAAACAACAACUAAAUACCUCCAGCUGUACAAAUAUUCAUUGAUAUUUAAAAACUAAAGAAGAAACAAGCACAGUACCAAAAUAAAAACAAAAAACAUUAAAAUAAAAAAAUGAGUAAAUAAUAAAAGUGCGCGAAAAUUGGUAGAAAUGUUUGAGAAAAUACUGCGAGAGACUUUGAUUUUCAACUCGUCAACAAAAAAAUACACAAAAAGAAAUACCUAAAAGGAGAGCUUUAGUACAAAGGAUCACAAAGAAAAAGAAAAUAAAAAGCAGACAACAAAAGAGAGUCGCAACUGCAUAAACCGAUAUCGGUUGGACGGAAAAGCAGAAACAAACACAAAAAGUGAAACAAGAGCAGACGAAGCAAAACAAAGUAAUACAAAAUAUAUAAUUUCGCCAAUAUACAACCACCCUAGCCGCCCAGCCACCCAGCCACCCAUCCACCCAGCCACCCAGCCAUCCCCUCCCGCCAGACGGAGCGAGACAGCGAGACGCGGGAGAGCAGGCGAAAUAAACAAACCGCAGGCGGUGCGAGUACAAGUGUGAGCGGGAGAGGCAGAGUGAGGCUAGCAGGCUAGCGGGCUAACAGGCUAACGAGAUACCGUUGCCCUUGGCCAACAGAGCGCCGAGCAGGAGGAGAGCGAAGGAGAGCCAGGGCGAGUGAGCGAAAGCUUCAUGCAGAAAAACAAGAAACAGCGCAAAACAUAUGGAGAACAUGGAGGGUGCGAGUCGCAGAAGGAACUCCUCCGUUACGAGCCAAGGUCACGGUCGCCAGGGUCAGGUCGGCCAGGACGUUGAGGAUCUCAAGCCAGACAUUCCCUACUUCGACGAUCCCCCAGCAGAGGGCUCUGCCGCCUCCGUUUCCGUUUCCGGCCCGGACUACGACACCGAGCUGUUGCCCCUGGAGAAAAAUGAAUGCGAUCUGGACAGUCUUGCGUGGGACGCUGCGGCGGACACCGAUUUGGACGCGGAUGCGGACGGAGAGACCCUGACUCCGCGGCUGAAGAAGGUUCGGCAGUCAGACAUGGACGAAGACAACUUCCCGGACGAGAACGAGAGCUCGGUGCUGGGCAGCGACUACGCCCCCAGCGGGAGUGGCAGCGGGAGUGCCGCCAACAGCUUCUACCUGUCGCCCACGCCCUCCGCCUCGGGCUCCCUAUCCGGUUCCGGUUGCGACCUGAUGCUCCGGCCGCCUUCGAGCUCCAUGUACCUCUUCAACUACCGCUCGCCGAGCUCCAUGCCGCUGGCGAUGGCGGGCUCGGGCAACGGCAGCUCCGGUUCCAGCCCUGGAGGCGGACGCAUGUACGCGUACCCACAUUCCCCGGCACCGCCACCGCCCGCCUUCUGCCCGAACAUGUGGUAUCCCAACGCCCCGUACGGCUCGGCUAGUGGAGGGGGCGGCUCUGUGGCCGGUGGCCGGUUCAUGGGCUACAGCGGCUCGGGCAACGGCAGCGUGCCGGGAGCAGGCCCUGGACCCGGGCCCUACGGCAGCCACCCGACCGGGCACAUGCACCCGGCGAUGCACCACCAGUAUCCGCCGAGCCACCCCCACGGGCAUCCGCAUCCGCACCUCCACCAGCAGCACCCCCACCAUCCGCACCACCAGCAUCCGCACGAGACCAUGAUGGAGAUGUUCCAGCUCUCGAACAGCGGCCGCGAGGCGCGAAACAGGGCGGAGAAGAACCGGCGAGAUAAACUGAACGGAUCCAUCCAAGAACUCUCCACCAUGGUGCCACAUGUGGCAGAGUCUCCGCGUCGAGUGGACAAGACGGCUGUGUUGCGCUUUGCCGCCCAUGGACUGCGCCUGAAACACGCCUUUGGAAAAACGCUGCAGCUCCAACGACCUCAGGUCACGGACACGCUGAUGAGCAUGCUGGACAGCUUCUUCCUGACCCUCACCUGCCACGGGCACAUCCUGCUCAUCUCGUCGAGCAUCGAGCAGCACCUGGGCCACUGUCAGACGGAUCUUUACGGGCAGAGCAUCAUGCAGAUCACACAUCCCGAGGACCAGAAUAUGCUCAAGCAGCAGCUGAUCCCCACGGAGCUGGAGAACCUCUUCGACGCCCACCCGGAUGCGGAUGCGGAAGGGGAGCCGCGCCAGAGGAGCAAGGCCGAGGAAGACUACAUCGAUCGGAAGCUGCGCGAGGACAGGCGAAGUUUUCGAGUGAGGUUGGCGCGGGCCGGUCCAAGAUCGGAGGCCACCACCUACGAAGUGGUGAAGAUCGACGGCUGCUUCCGGCGGAGCGACGAGGCUCCGCGGGGUGUGCGGUCCAACACCUUCACCUCCAGUCUGCAGCUUAUCAGGAGGACUAGGAGCCGCGACGAUGCGACGAUUCCCCUGCACACGAUCAGCGGAAACGAUAUAGUUCUUACUGCCUGCGCCCGGAUAAUCCGUCCACCGAAGAUCGCCAGCCGGCAGAUUGACGCCAACACCCUGGAGUACAAGACCCGCCAUCUGAUCGACGGCCGGAUCAUCGACUGUGACCAAAGGAUCGGCAUAGUCGCCGGCUAUAUGACGGACGAGGUGCGCAACCUCAGUCCGUUCACCUUCAUGCACAACGACGAUGUGCGCUGGGUGAUCGUAGCCCUGCGGCAGAUGUACGACUGCAACAGCUCGUACGGGGAGUCCACCUACCGACUGUUCACCCGGAACGGAAACAUUAUCUACCUGCAGUCGAAGGGCUACCUGGAGAUCGAUAAGGAGACGAACAAGGUGCACUCGUUUGUGUGCGUGAACACCCUGCUAGACGAGGAGGAGGGCAAGCGGCGGGUGCAGGAGAUGAAGAAGAAAUUCUCGGUGAUCAUUAACACGCAGAUACCGCAGUCCACGGUGGACGUGCCGGCGUCCGAGCACCCGGCCCUCCUCGAGAAGGCAGUCCUGCGUUUGAUCCAGAACCUGCAGAAGUCCGACCAGGAAGGAGCCCACAUGGGCGAAAUAGAGGACGACGAGUACGGGGACGAGGAGGACGAUGACGAGGAGGAGGAGGACCAGGACGAGGGCCGAUCCGACUUCGGAGACUCGUAUUCGGCCCACCAGCAACAGCCACACAGUCAGCACCCGCAUCAACCGCAGCAGUUCCACCACGUUCGCUCGCAUCAUAGCUCCAUGAUGGCAAUAUCCUCGCACGGGCAGGGCAGCUCCAAGACGCCGCCUCUGGCCCUGGUGCCCCCUGAAGCCGCCUCGGUCAAGUCCUCUAUAUCCAAGAGCAUCAGCGUAGUCAACGUGACGGCGGCAAAGCAUCUGCGGGGAGCCCAAUCCGGUUCAGCGGCCAAGUCGCCCAGCUCCUUAGGGAGCUGCACUUGCAGCGACGCUCGCUCGCCAUGUGACUUCUGCCAGGGUCCCCUCACGCCCGAUCCGGCCAUGCCUGUUGGGUCCUUGAAGAGGAGCAGCACAGCCCUGGCCGAGACCGAGGAGAUGAAGGGUACCAAGCGGCGCUUCAUACCCAGCACAGAGAUCGAGCACGUCCUGAACACUUCUUUAGACCAAAUUGGGAAGACGCUGACCCAGCAACUGAAUGUGGCCAGAAAUCUGCAGGAGCAGCGUCAACGAUACGAGCUGUCCCACGCCGAUCCGAGAUUCGACGAGUUCAUGCAGGAGCACCAGAAACAGAGCGAGCUGUAUGUGAACAUCAAGAGCGAGUACGAGGUGCAGCUGCAGAACAAGGCCAGUACCAGGAAGCCAUCGGAAUCAGAGGAUAGGGACCGGGAACGAGAUCAGGAUGAGAGUACGGACCAAGGCUAAGGAGGAAGAGAGAGCAGCUCUCGACUGAAGGGUUUCAUCGAUGUGAUAACUGUCCUGGCAGCCUGCUCAGUUCCCCACAAGAAUACCUUGAAAGAUGUGCUGUAAUAGAGGCACUGAUUGCAGACACGAGUGCAGAUUGAUAACUAUAACCCCAACCUAUGAGUGAGCCUGAGACAAACAUACUUUAGAUGCCCCGCCCGCACACACGCACACACACACAGUGUUUGUUCAGUUUUUGUUUUUAAAAUAGGACUUUUACAUGCAUGUAGAACUAGUUACGCGUACGAGCGAUCGGGCAGUUUCCGUUUCCGGUUGCGCCCCAACUUUCAACUCAAUGUUUAGGAGAGUGUUUUAUUUGGUAAACGAUUUGAUGUCUAUAAAGGGAGCUGUAGCUAAUGUAAGACACCGCCCCCGAGAAGAUUUUAACAUUUUGGUACCGAUAUUGAUGGAAAGUAGUUGAAGGCGGUAACGGAAACGGAAAGAAGGCGGAUCGUUGGGCCGGCAAAUCGGAGUGAAGAGCAGAAUAAGAAAGUCUAGCAUAAAUGGGAGGAUAUAAACAAUUAUUAGGCUAAUUGGAUUAUACAUUAAAUAUACUAUAUACCUACGUACCAUAUGUUGUGCGCCAUGUAGCGCAUAGCCCCAACUAAACGUGAUAAAAGACUGUUACCAACUACAUACACACACAUACUACAAACCUCGAUACACACGCAUAAAUCUUACUAGUACCGAUCACACACCCACUUGUGCGUUUGGCAUAUAGUUAAAUUAAAUUUACUCUACGAACACUUUUUAUAGAUGUUUAAUGUUGUUAUGCUAUAAGUGAGAGAUAGAUCCGGGAAUCGUAUUCCCAUCCGGAUGAAACUAUAGAUUUCGGCCAGCACGGUGCCCCAGAAACACAGAAAGCGUAGUUUGCAGUGAGCCAAGUACAAUUUACACUGACGAAAACAUAUAUAUAUAUACACUUAGAUGCAUAUAUGGUUCAAUGUAAACUAAUUCAAAUCGCUGCAAGAAACCCUUACACACAGAAAACAACUGAAAAUCUACAGCAAGAAAAAGAGACGAGAACUCUGUUAAAUGUUUGUUAUGCAUUUGUUUUUUUAUCUAAAUUAAUCUUAAACUAAUGUAUUAAUGAAUAAACAUGUGUACCUACAUACAAAACAAUGAAAAA